AUGGAUGCCCAGAGUUACCGGGACAACUGCCUCAUCGUCUUGGGCAGCGGCCUCGAAGCCGAGGAGUUGCUGCUAAGGCGGCGCCUGGGCGCCGGGGGCCGCGCGGUGCACAUUCUGACCGAGGGACCCUCUGAUGCCCGGGUGGAGAUCUCCCGAAAUCGGAUGCUGGAGGGCUGCUUCUUCUGGCACCCGCCCACCUGGGGCCCCGUCACGGACUUCGGGAGGCGUUUCGGGCCCUCGGAGCACCGCUACUGGAGCCACACGGGCCUCAUGGCCGUGGCACUGCGAAGCGAUCAGAAGGCGCAAAUCUACGUCUCCUCGGAGGUCUCCGAGGAGAUGAGCCACUUGAGGAUCCUGGAUUCCGAGGGCAGCGUCGAAGCCGAGCUGUCUGGCGAGAUCGUGGUGAAUCCCGGGAUGGAGGUUGCAAGAGAGCUGGAGGUGGAGGUGGUGAAUCCAGAGCUAAAACCUGCAGGGACCUUCUCCUGGCGCUUCACGCUGCUCGCUGGCCUAUUCCUGCUUCCCUGGCAUAGUGCGAAGUGGCUCGCUUCUGCAAGAUGCGAGCUGAGUGCGUUGGGGGGGCUGCCAUGGUGGCGAGGGCUUCUGGCAGUUGGUUAUCUUUUUCCUGCCCUUCCUGGCCUCGUGCAAAGCUUCACGCUGAGUUUGGCAGGCGAGAUGCCUUCGCUAUUCACCCAUGCCAUGAGCAGCUUGGCACUUGUCGCAAUGAUUCUGAUAGGCUUGCUGCAGCUGGCAGACCUACCCAACGUCAUGAUAGCAGCCGUCACCGUCUUCGUCAUGGGGCCGAUGCUUCAGUACUACCGUGGCCGAGCCAGACAUGUUCACCGAAGAUUCUGGUCUUGCCUGCAGUGGGGGCUUGCACAACUUCUGGGAACUCUCGGAACUGCAGUCGUCAUGACCGCCAUAGUCCUUGUCUACAUCUUCCUGAUCUCACAGGGCCAGCUCCUUAUUGCCAACAUGUGCCUACCGGUGGCAACCUCCCUGACAGAGAUGGGCAUGGUGAUGUGUACUGCUCGGAUGUAUACUGGCCUUGUCUUCACGAAACGGCCGGAAGUGUCUGGCGACUUGUCCUACAUUCCCAUGCCCGCCAUGAUCAUGACCGCCCACGCCUUCGCCGAGUCCGUGCGUCUGGUGUCGCUGUGGGCCGGCGCGGUGAGAUCCGGUAGUUUCAGCUGGGUCGGGGCUGCCGUGUGGAGUCUUCUGCUCAACGUCCUGAACCGCCUGGGCUGGAUCCGCUACGGAACUUUUCGGAUCCUGAAGCCACUGUUGGGCACCGAGUUGAGCCUUGGACUCUUCGCGCCCACCAGCUGGUCGAAGCUGCACGACGAGCUGAAGAUCUACGGGGGCUACUUCCGAUUCAUCGUUCCCCUCGCCCUGAUCGCUGCUCGAGCCCUGCUCUUCCAAGAUCUCAGGGUGACGGGGCCCAAGGCCCCGGCCUUCAACCUCUCCGGCGCCUGCGCCAUCCCUAGCUUGCUGCUUCUGGAGCUCUUGGAAGAUCGAGUGGUGCUCCACGAGCUGCUUCCUAUGGGCCCGAUCCCUGCAGAAGUCUUGGAGACGAAGGUGCAGCCCUACAACAGCGACCCUGGGGCCCUCAUCAGCGUUGAGAUUCGGCCCAGCCGCCCUAGGAUGACACCCACGGCCCAGGACGCCUGGCGCAUGAAGGAGCUGGAUUCCAAGGGGACGCGCCGGAUCUCCACCGUUCAAUCGGUGGUCCCACAACAGCCUCCGGAGCUCGUCGACCACCGCCGGUCGCUGGGGACGCGCCGAUUUACCUUCCGGUCCCAGCUGCGGAGACGCUUGGGCCAGGAGAGGGAGGAUUCCUGGUCAUAUUCAGAAGUGUUUCUUGUGAAACCCUAA